GAGACACAGCUCCCACUGAUCCCGACCCUGCAGCGGCUGGAGGAGACACAGCUCCCACUGAUCCCGACCCUGCAGCGGCUGGAGGAGACACAGCUCCCACUGAUCCAGACCCUGCAGCGGCUGGAGGAGACACAGCUCCCACUGAUCCAGACCCUGCAGCAGCUGGAGGAGACAGACAGCUCCCACUGAUCCAGACCCUGCAGCAGCUGGAAGAGAUACAGCUCCCACUGAUCCAGACCCUGCAGCAGCAAGCAUGGAGAAAAUGUCAAGGGUGCUCCCUCUGAACCCAAGUUUUAUACCCCCUUCAUAUGGGGUGCUGAAAUCCCUGCUGGAAAACCCCCUGAAACUGCCCCUACACCAUGAGGAUGCCUUCUGUAAAGAAAAGGACAAAGAAAAGAAAUUGGAGGAUGAAACCACAGGAUCCACUGUCCCGCAAUCCGCUUUCUUGGGGCCAACUCUCUGGGACAAGACCCUGCCGUAUGAUGGCGACACCUUUCAGUUGGAGUACAUGGACUUGGAAGAAUUCCUGUCUGAGAACGGUAUCCCUCCCAGCCAGUCCCCACACGAAAUCAGCCACCAUCAGCCUACACUAUCACAGGCUCCUGUGCCCACCCCUUCCAUCAUUGACCUCAGUAGCCGAGCGUCCACAUCUGUUAUACCAGGCUUGGUAGCUCCAAACUGCAUGCACAGCCCAAUGACACCUGGUCAGAUUUUGCCAUCAAACCGUAACACUCCAAGCCCAAUCGACCCAGAAUCCAUCCAGGUGGCCGUGGGCUACGACCCAGACCCAGCAGACCUAGCUCUCUCCAGCAUCCCAGGUCAAGAGAUGUUCGAUCCACGAAAACGCAAGUUUUCAGAGGAAGAGCUUAAGCCACAGCCUAUGAUAAAGAAAGCUCGAAAGAUCUUCAUUCCAGAUGAUCUGAAGCAGGAUGAAAAAUACUGGGCAAGGCGCAAAAAGAACAACAUGGCUGCCAAGAGGUCAAGAGACGCUCGGAGGCUGAAGGAGAACCAGAUCGCCAUCCGUGCCUCGUUCCUUGAGAAGGAAAACUCUGCAUUACGGCUGGAGGUGGCCGACUUACGGAAAGAGCUUGGAAAAUGCAAGAACAUAUUGGCAAAGUACGAGGCCAGACACAGCCCACUGUGAAUAUACACGGACACUCUGACCCCCGCUCGUAGCACUAAACACCGAAUUUUGUCAUCAGCACUUUACUGGAAGCAGAAACAGACUGAGAAUUUUUGUAAUUACAAUUCUUCUGUUUAUUUCUAUGAGUGUUUGUAUAUCGCUGCACUUUUCAUGAUACCAAGCGCUUUAUA